AGCGUGCAGGCAAAGCAUCUCAAACGUGCGCGUGGCUCACAUUUCGGUGGUUUUAGCGCUCUGCAUAUGGCUUGCCGUUUCGGGUGAAUCGUAAAGAAGCCGAUAGCAAACAAUUGAUCUACACACACGGGAGAGAGAAUAUACCUACGAAGAAGAAAAGAAAAAAAAAACGAAAAACGUACGCAUUCGCAGCAGCUGAGCCGGGAUAUCCAAUACGAUGACGUGAGUUUCCUUCGGCCAAAUCGCGACCGUAGGUACAUUGAUUGUUUUGCGGGGCUCGCUCGGUCAUACGUGAUUGAAGCAAGUUUUUGGCCGGACAGUAAUAACCGCACCGAAACAGGAAGGAAAGUUUGUUGCGGGGCGGAAUCGUAUACCAGUCGGUUUAAUGGUGGUACCAGUGAAACAGUGAUACGUGGAAUUAUCGUGGUGACAGUUUUGAGACAAAGCAAACAAAAACACACACAAGAGCCUAUGUUCCGAGCUUUCACGUGUUGCGUGGUUCCGAGAAUGCAAUUUCGUCUGAUGGCUGACACCGGUCGGCAGUAGCUAUUACAUUACACGAGCUGUCCGUCCAUGAGCUUAAAUGGGUUUCUUGGUUAAUCGUCGUCGGCGUGUGCUUGAUUUACGGUGGUGGCCGAUAGUGCUGUCCCUGGUGACCCUUUUAGCUGGACUAGCUUCAGGCGAUGGGAUAAAGCUACCGGACCAAACGGACGCCGCACUUGCGAAGCCGGUCGGUGGAGGUUCUUCAGGGCCCACAGUACAACCGGUGGACGGAGAAGGUCGGCGUCAAGGCAAACAUCUGCUGGACUUUGUAGGUUUGGGAACGGGUCCCAAUGUGGAUCCCUAUUUGGGUCGCACCAACGCACAGUGUUUGAACGGGGAACUUGCCGACUGUUUCAAGUCCCAAGCACUCAACACAUUCACGGAAUUUUUCGCCAAGGAAAAUUACCAAUUAACAUCCGAAGCUCGAAUCGUCCGACUACCGGAGACUCAGGUCCGUUCGUUGCAAUACGAAGGUUUCGAGUACUCCGAGGAGCCCCGCCAGUUGGACUCCGAGUGGGACCAGCUGUACAAGUUCGCUCUUCGUCAGCUGGAACGCUUCGUCAAGUCAACCGCACUUGAGUUUGAAAUCCCGGAGGAGCUCACCGAGGGCGGACGUUAUUCGGCCCGCUUCAUCGACGAAAUCUCCGACGAAAUCGAUGUCAUCGAAGACAAGAAAGCCCCUCUCUUUACCCGUCACCGACUGAAGAAAAUUUUCAUCCCACUGCUGAUCAUUCUGAAAAUUUUCAAACUUAAACUACUGUUCUUCCUACCGGUCAUCCUCGGAUUGGCCAGCUUUAAGAAGCUGCUCGGAUUUGCUGCCAUCAUCAUUCCGGGUGUCAUCGGUUAUCUGAAACUGUUCCGGCCGAACCAGAGCUGCUGUAAUAAUGAUCUGUUUGCCAACAACUAUCAACCGCAGUACUCCCCCCAGGGACUCGGUUCCGUUAGUUACAAUCCUUUCAAACCGUACCAGAAUCAUUACUCCCGGCAACCGGAACCGAACUUUGCUGCCCCUUACGGCAACUACUACCGGGACGGAUCGGACCUGAAGGGAGGCAGUGUGAAAUUUGGCGAUGAGCAGGCCUACCAGGACUAUUCCGAGUAUCGUAGCAACGACAAAGAUAUUAAGGCACAAAAUUGAAUUGGAAAUGGAAAAUUCCAAUCGUUUCCAUAGGAGGGAAAGUUUUUUAGAAGCUGUAAAAAUUAGUGUAGCGUGAAUGAAUGCGUGGGAUUCUUGUUACCACUUUUGAUUGCAUUGAGAUUUUUUAUUGUGCGAGUAUGUCGGUUUUUUGUUGAUCUACCGUAGAACCAGUGAUAGUGUAAAUAUUUAUAUUAGAAAAUUAAUUAAAAAUUUGCCCACAUUA